CGCCGCCACACCAGGAUCUCCCGCGCUGCCCAACCAUGGUCAAUCCUACCGUGUUCUUUGACAUCGCCGUCGACGGCGAGCCCUUGGGCCGCGUCUCCUUCGAGGUAAGGGACCUGGAAACCAAGAAGUGACUGCUCAUCCAAUCCAUAAAGCUAUGUUAACAGAUUGGAGCUGUUUGCAGACAAAGUUCCAAAGACAGCAGAAAACUUUCGUGCUCUGAGCACUGGGGAGAAAGGCUUUGGUUAUAAAGGUUCCUGCUUUCACAGAAUAAUUCCGGGAUUUAUGUGCCAGGGUGGUGACUUCACACGCCAUAAUGGCACUGGUGGCAAGUCCAUCUAUGGGGAGAAAUUUGAUGAUGAGAAUUUCCUCCUGAAGCAUACGGGUCCUGGCAUCUUGUCCAUGGCAAAUGCUGGCCCCAACACAAACGGUUCCCAGUUUUUCAUCUGCACUGCCAAGACUGAGUGGUUGGAUGGCAAGCAUGUGGUCUUUGGCAAGGUGAAAGAGGGCAUGAAUAUUGUGGAAGCCAUGGAGCGCUUUGGGUCCAGGAAUGGCAAGACCAGCAAGAAGAUCACCAUUGCUGACUGUGGACAAAUCUAAUAAUAAAUUUGACUUGUGUUUUAUCUUAACCACCAGACCAUUCCUUCUGUAGCUCAGGAGAGCAGCACCCCUUCAUCCCCAUCUGCUCAAAAUAUACUAUAAUCUUUGUGCUCUCAUUGCACUUCUUUGGGUUCCAUAUUUUCCUUAUUCCCCUCCAAGUUUAGCUGAAUUGCAAAGUUAAGUUUAUGGUUAUGAAAUAAAAACUAAACAAC